AUGUCUGCUAUUCCCAAUAUCCCGGAGCCAGUCCACGAGAACGGCAUAAACCACAAGACUACUCAGAACGGUACUCGCGAACAGGAUCUUGACCAACUCCUCGACGAUGCACUUCCCAAAGCCAAACGUAUAGACUCGCCUACCCAAGCAGGCUUCACAGCGACAUCUGCGAACGACACGACAGCAUCUGGAUUCGUACUUCACAACACAGUGGUCGAGAACCAACGACCCAUCAAGGUCAUUGUAGUCGGAGCAGGAUACUCGGGCAUCUACCACGGUAUCCGUAUUCCUGAGCGUCUGCGAAAUGCCGAACUGGUCAUCUACGACAAGAAUGCAGGGGUGGGAGGAACAUGGUAUGAGAACAGAUAUCCUGGAUGUGCUUGCGAUAUCCCAUCACACUCGUACCAGUACUCCUUUAACCCCAACCCAAACUGGUCAUCUAUGUACUCUCCCGCCAGCGAAAUACAAGCCUACCUCGAAAGCACGGUGAAGAAAUACAGCGUUGAUCGCUUCAUUAAACUACGCCAUGAGAUCAAGAGUUGUCGUUGGGAUGCACAAGCCUCAAGAUGGUUCGUCAUGGUCGAAGACCUAGAAACAGAGACGGAGUUCGAGGACAGCAGUGAUGUAUUGAUCAUGGCAAGAGGAGGAUUAAACCACAUUGCAUGGCCACAAAUCGACGGACUCGGGAGUUUCAAAGGAGAAAUCAUGCAUUCGGCAGCUUGGAAUCAGGACUACGACUUUACAAACAAACGCAUCGGUGUAAUCGGCAGUGGAAGCUCAGCAAUCCAAAUCAUACCUUCCCUCCAACGCCUCUCUGGAACAAAACUCUCCUGCUUCAUCCGCAGCCGCACCUGGAUCUCCCCACCCUUCGGCCAAGCAAUCCAAGACGAAUUAAAAAUGGAUGGUUUCAUCUUCAGCGAUGCCCAAAAAGAAAUCUUUGCCAACGACCCAGAAGCCUUUUUCAAGUUCCGCAUGAAGAUCGAAGAAGGCGGAAACGAAAUCCACGAUUUAACAAUGAUGGGCACGGAAAUGCAAAAAGGAGCCCAAGCACACUUUGAGGAGAAUAUGAAGAAGAGAUUGGCCAAAAAGCCAGAACUCUUUGACUGGUUAAAGCCAGAUUUCGCUCCUGGCUGUAGACGUCUGACCCCCGGUCCUGGCUUCCUAGAAGCUCUGGUGGAAGAAAACGUCGAAUUCGUGCGCGAUCGUAUAACCCACAUCCAACCCACCGGUGUAGUAACCGAAGAUGGCAAACACCACGAAAUCGACGUCUUGGUCUGCGCAACAGGUUUCCACACUGGAGCACCACCUCCCUUCCCAGUUACUGGUAUCGAUGGCAUUGCAUUGCCUGAUCAUUGGGAGCAAAGAGCAACUUCCUACCUCUCCCUCGCAACAGACAAGUUCCCAAAUCUAUUCAUGAUGCUAGGACCUAAUUCUGCAAUCGGCACUGGCUCCUUGACAAUGAUGAUAGAAAGUGUAGGCGACUACAUUGUAAAAUGCGUUCGCAAAAUUCAAAAGGAGAAUAUUGCAGCAAUGACUGUAAAGUCUGCCCGAGUGCGAGAUUUCCUCGCUUACUCGGACGAGUACUUCAAAAACACAGUCUUUAUGGACGAGUGCAAGAGUUGGUAUAGAAAGGGAAACACAGUGACAGGGUUAUGGCCUGGGUCGACAUUGCAUUGUAUAGAAGCGUUGAGGAGCCCUAGAUGGGAGGAUUAUGAUUAUGGGUAUGGAGAAGAGGAGAAUCAGAUGGCGUGGCUGGGUAAUGGGUGGAGUACGAAUCAGCUCGAAGGCAGGGAUCUGGCGUUUUAUUUGCUGCCACGCUUCCAGCAGAUUCCGACGGCGCCGCUGCCGGAGGAGAAUGCCGACUUUAAGAUACGGGCAUUUUCGCAGUAG